AUGGUAUGCGCCCAUCAGCACGCACCACCCACCAGAAGAGCCGUAGACUCACAGCGACACGGCCCGCCUGGGUGGAGCCAUCACGGCCACUGCUCGGAGCGGAUAAGGAGGGGAACUCGAGAGAAAAACGGAAAGAAAUCGCCAUCUAAUCGUUCCCCUUGCUUUAAACGCGACAAUCUCGGGGAAUUUCAGACACACACCAUCCGCGCAUUUGGAACAGAAAGACGCAGCGGGAGAGACGACGUUCGCCCAGAGUGA